AUGAACAAGCAAGAACCUAUAGUAAAUACUGGUAAGAAAUCACUCUUGAACUGGACAGAACAUAUGGAUGCUGCAUUUGUUGAUGCAAUGGUACAACAACAAGAAAAAGGAAAUAGACCUUAUGGAAAUUUUACAUCACAAGCGUAUGCGAAUAUGGUUGAGGAGAUCAAUACGAAACUUACAAUGAAUUUAACUAAAAGUCAUCUGAAAAAUCGUUUGAAAACUUUGAAAUCUACUUUUUCACAAUGGUAUGACAUGUUCAAUGGGAUUUCCUUGAGUGGGUUCAGUUGGAAUGCUGAUACCCAACUAAUUGAAGCAGAUGAGGAGGUUUGGGAUAACUUAAUUAAGUCAAAGCCUGAUGCAGUUGCAUUGAAGACAAAAAAGGUGGCCCACUUUGAACAAAUGUUGAUUAUGAAUGCUGUUGGUGAUGUGGUUAAUGCUAUGAGGGAAGGUAACAAAAUUUUUGAAAGAGCUUACCAUCAUGAGUUAACAGGUGAUGAAAUUUAUCAAGAAUUGCAGCCGAUGGGUUUGGAAGUCCAUGAAAUAUCAGGUGCUCUCAUGUAUUUGGCUCGUAACCAAGCAAAUGCGAGGACGUUGUUUACUUGUCCAAUGAACAUAAGGAAGGAUAUACUAAAAACAAUGAUGGGCGCAGGUAAAUGA